GGCAACUUUUGUUGAGUUUUGUCGUGUUUUGUUGUGAAAUUUUAUUUACAUUUUCUGUACAACAAACAAGUAUUUUUAUAUUAUUCCUUGGAAACAAUGUAAUGUUUAUGGGGAUCUUCUGUACAGUGUUUAAGUGAACAAAAUGAAAGUAAUAGAGGCGAAAAUCGUCGUUUUGGGCUCACAAGGCGUAGGCAAGACCAGCCUCGUGGUGAGGUACAUAGGGAAGAUGUUCUCGAAACACAUAUCGCCCACAAUAGGGGCUUCGUUCUUCACUUGCAACAUCAACGUCGGAGACGCUAGGGUUAAAUUGCAGGUUUGGGACACGGCGGGCCAGGAGCGGUUCAGGUCGAUGGCACCCAUGUAUUACAGGAAUGCCAACGCCGCCCUCCUGGUGUUCGACAUUACCAGCGUCACCAGCUUCGCGGCCAUCAAGAGUUGGGUCAAGGAGUUGCAGAGCAACGUGCCAGAGAACAUGGUACUCUCUGUCGUCGGCAACAAAUGCGACCUGGACGAAUCCAGGGCCGUCUCGAGAAGCGAAGCGACUCAGUACGCCGCGUCUAUAGGAGCCCAUUACUGCGAAACUUCUGCGCUGCAUGAUCAGGGAAUAGACCAGGUUUUUCUGAGCACAGCUACGGAACUUCUCGAGAUGUCCGAGAGCAACAGCAUGUCCUCAAUGAGAUCGUACGACUCCUCCGACGGUGAGAGCGCCCGGCUGCCCGUCGGCUCACCGUCGGAAGAAGCGGCGACGCACACUGGUAAAGUGGAACUUCCAGCGUGGAGCGUCGAUAGCAUUGCGCACGGGGAAUUACAGAAGAACAUGUGUUGCUGACAUGAAACAUAUAUGUAGCUAUAUCUACACUAAUAUUAUAAAGAGGAAAACUUUGUUCGUUUGGUUGUAAUGAAUAGGCUCAGAAACUACUGGACCGAUUUUAAAAAUUCUUUCACCAUUCGAAAGCUACAUUAUCCACGAGUAACAUAGACUAUAUUUUAUUUUGGAUAAGAAAAUAAGGUUCCGUAAUAAUAUAUAAAAAUAAUUGGCAAAACAGCGUUUGCCGGGUCAGCUAGUACUAUAUACAUACUACAUACAUACAUAAAGUCACGCCUCUUUCCCGGAGGGGUAGGCAGAGACUACCUCUUUCCACUUGCCACGAUCUCUGCAUACUGCCUUCGCUAUAUAUAUAUAUAUAGAUGAAUGAAACCACCAAUGAAAAAAUAAUAGGACCACUCCAACUCUUGCCCAUGAAUGUCGUAAAAGGCGACUAAGAGAUAUGCUUACAAACUUGGGAUUCUUUUUUAGGCGAUGGGCUAGCAACCUGUCAUUAUUUGAAUCUCAAUUCUAUCACUAAGCCAAACACCUGAACUAUCAGUCUUUUCAAGACUUUAUCUCUGUCUACCCCGCAAGGGAUAUAGACGUGACUAUAUAAAUGAAUGAAUGGCACCGAAUUUAGUGAACAUUUGCCUUAGCAACGUAGAGCUAUUAUUAUUAGAAUUUUUGAUAUUGUAUGUUUAUAAAAGUUUACUAACUGAAUCUUCCCCGGUAGCGAGACGCGCGCUACGCUGUUUUUAUAGCGCGAAUAACUAUCGCUUUUACACUUUAACUUGUGGCGUAUGGUACCCGGCACCGAAAGACAAAAGCAACAGGACCACUCCCAUCUCUUUCCCAAGACUGUUGGCACUGUCCACCCCGCAAAGGAUGUAGACGUGAUUCUAUGUAUGUAUGUAUGUUUCGCUUUUUUUGUAAUGACGUGAAACGGUACGGCGAUAGUUUUUCGCGCGAUGAAAACGGCUUCGCGCGUACUAGUCUGUCUUUUUUCAAAAGUUGGCUAACUUCAUUAGAUUACGAGGUUUAUAAUUAAAUUGGGGCCAAUAUUAUUUAAAGAAAAUGAUGAAUAUGAUAUUGCAAUGUAAAAUUGCUCUAAAAUUUAUUAAAUAAAUACUUAUACACGGGACAAAUUACACGGAUUGAGUUAGCCUCGAAGUAAGUGCGAGACUUGUGUUACGAGAUGCUAACUCAAUGAUACUAUAUUUUAUAAUAAAUACUUAUAUAAGUAGAAAACAUCGAAAACCCAGGCCAAUCAGAAAAAGUUCUUUUCUCAUCAUGGGCGGGAUUCGAACCCGGGACCUCCAGUGUCACAGACAAGCGUACUACCGCUGCGCCACAGAGGCCGAAAUUCUUAUUACAUUAAAAAUAUGUCUUCCAACAAUAUGUUUAAAAAAAUAUCUUUUGUAUUUAUUUAAUUUCGUACAAAUUAAUAACUAAUAUUUCAUGAAUCGGUUAUGAUUAUACAAGUUAUUGCCCUAGCCGUAAGCGAUUUUUUCCUUUAGUUGCCCCUUACGACAUUCAGGUGCAAAUAUGUAAACUAUAUGGAACCUAAGAAUAAAAUUUUUGUAUACAAAAUUUACGGACUAAUGUGACAAAUUCGAUGCGGUUUUCACUUUAGGUUAGAAUUUUUUUUGCGGUAGCUUUAUAUAAUGAAACAAUAAAUUGUUAUUUGUAAAAUCUAUACUAAUAUUAUAAAGCUGAUGAGUUUGUUUGUUUGUUUGAACGCGCUAAUCUCAGGAACUACUGGUUCGAAUAGAAAAAUUAUUUUUGUGUUAAAUAGGUACACCAUUUAUCGAGAAAGGCUUUAGGCUAUAUAACAUCAUGCUGCAACUAUGAGGAGCAAAGAAAUAAUGGAAAAUGUGAAAAAAAAACGGGGAAAAUUAUUAUCCUUGAGGGCUUCAAUGAACGCUCCAAAUAACUAUUCCAUGCGAACGAAGUCGCGGGCACAGCUAGUGUUUGAUAAUGCGAAUUUAUUAUGUAUUAAGACUACCUAUAUUAAUUUAAUACUAAGUUUUAAUUAAUUUCAUAAUGACACUGCGUAUAAGAUGUGAUAUUAAUUAAUAAUAAAAUAUUUUUACAGGCA